CAUUCUUCAAUUUCUUUACAAUGGUUAUUAGUCCACAAAAAUUCAUAACUUGUCUAGCUUUUGUAACGCUAUGUAUCAAUCUUGUAAAAUGUGACUUUUUUACUCUAUCCAUGUCUAUGUAUGCAUCUCAAGACCUGAGUCAACCCAUUCUCGAUCGGUCCUACCCAGGUCCGAGUCCGAGUCCAAGUCCAUCUCCAUAUUCAAGUCCUAAUUAUAUUUCACCUACACCUCCUCCUCCGAUUUCUUCAGCUCCAAGUUAUCCUGCUUUACCUAUUUCACCUACGUGCCCGGGUACACCCGCUUCACCUUCGUACCCGGGUACACCCGCUUCACCUUCGUACCCGGGUACACCCGCUUCACCUUCGUAUCCGAGUAUACCCGCUUCACCUUCUUACCCGGGGCCACCCGACGUCGUUUCGCCUAGUCCAUCCGAAUCACCUAAUGCAAAAACUCCCGCCGCUUCCCCAGCACCACCGCCAACAUAUCCAUCAGAACCGCGUGAUAUUCAAGUAAUCAAAGCAGCUUACUGGCCGGCAUAUAAUAAACUCAACGCCUCCGCCAUUGACACAACCUAUUUCACUCACAUUUACUACGCCUUCUUAUUACUCGACCCAAUCACUUUCAAACUUACAAUUACACCGUCCGAUCAAGAACAAAUACCUAACUUCAUCAACACGCUUCGUUCUCGAAACCCUCCGGUCAAAACCCUAAUAUCAAUCGGCGGGGCUGAUAUCAACCAAACUAAGUACUUCUCAGUCAUGUCAAUGGAUAAACAAACACGAGAAGUUUUCAUCAAUUCAACGAUCGAAAUCGCGAGGAAUUACGGAUUUGACGGGCUUGAUUUAGACUGGGAAUCUCCGGCUAACGAUCAAGAAAUGCUGAAUCUAGCUUCACUAUUGAGCGAGUGGAGAAAUCUAAUAGAUUACGAAGCGGAAAUUUCCGGUAAACCGAGAAUUUUACUAUCGGCUGCUGUGUAUUAUUCGUCAAGAUUUACUACUUACGGUGAACCGAGAGCUUACCCGAUUCAAGCUGUAAAUAAUUUUCUUGAUUGGAUUAAUCCAAUGUGCUACGAUUAUCAUGGAGCAUGGGAAAAUUUUACGGGUCCGAAUUCAAAUCUUUUUGAUUCUUAUAGUAAUGUGAGUACUAGCUAUGGUAUCGGGUCGUGGAUUGAUUCGGGUGUAUUGCCGGAAAAGAUUGUUAUGGGUCUACCGUUAUAUGGACGGACUUGGACGCUCCAGGAUCCGAAUGUUAAUGGGAUCGGAGCUAAAGCGGUUGGUGUAGGACCUGGAGAUGGAGUUUUAAGUUACGGUGAGAUUAUGGAAUUUAAUAAUAAUAAUAUUGAUGACAAAGGAGUGGUUCGUUUUGAUGGAGAAACGGUGUCGUAUUAUUCUGUAUCCGGGAACUCUUGGGUCGGGUAUGAUGAUGUCAUCUCUGUUGAUUGGAAGAUCAGCUUUGCUCGGAGUCGGGGAUUGGGUGGAUACUUCUUUUGGGCUCUUGGCAUGGACCCGAACUCGACAAUAAUAAAACUUGCUUCAAAUUCAUGGGAUCGCAAAUAAAAGUUUCAGCACAGCAAAAAAAGAAAGCGUUCAGUUAUAAUAUUGAACAAUUAAUCGCAAGUUAUAUAAUUCUUUUAAUUUAUAGUCCGCGUUAAAUAAUAUAU